GUGCGGACCGGUUGUUCCUAGUGCGUGUCGGGUUCUAUAUAUAUUUAUAUAUAAAUAAAGUGCGAUAAGCGAGUGCAAUUUGGCGACCUGUGGAUCGUUCGCUAUAAGUGAUUUCAUUAAGCGAAAUCCAGUUAAUUACAACAGGCUGUUAUCAGCAAACAAACAAAAGUACAAGUAAAACAGUUAGAAGAAGCUCGGAAAAAACGCACCGAAAAUGACCUGGGGAUUUGUGACCUGUGGCCCCAACGAGGCCUUGGUUGUCUCCGGAUGCUGCUACAUGAAGCCGCUCUUGGUGCCCGGAGGCCGGGCCUUUGUAUGGCCUUCCAUCCAGCAAGUGCAGCGAAUUUCGCUCAACACCAUGACCCUACAGGUGGAGAGUCCUUGUGUGUACACCAGCCAGGGUGUUCCCAUUUCCGUGACCGGCAUCGCUCAGGUCAAGGUUCAGGGCCAGAACGAGGACAUGCUGCUGACCGCCUGUGAACAGUUUCUGGGCAAGACGGAGGCGGAGAUCAACCACAUUGCCCUGGUUACGCUCGAGGGACACCAGCGCGCCAUCAUGGGUUCGAUGACCGUCGAGGAGAUCUACAAGGACCGCAAGAAGUUCAGCAAGCAGGUGUUCGAGGUGGCCUCCAGUGAUCUGGCCAAUAUGGGUAUUACGGUCGUAUCCUAUACCAUCAAGGAUCUGCGCGAUGAGGAGGGCGACUCAAAGGGCUAUCUCAAGUCUCUGGGCAUGGCUCGCACGGCGGAGGUGAAGCGAGAUGCCCGCAUUGGCGAGGCUGAGGCCCGUGCCGAGGCACACAUCAAGGAGGCCAUUGCCGAGGAGCAGCGCAUGGCCGCCAGGUUCCUCAACGACACCGACAUAGCCAAGGCCCAGCGAGACUUUGAGCUGAAGAAGGCCGCCUACGACGUGGAGGUACAAACCAAAAAGGCCGAGGCAGAGAUGGCAUACGAGCUGCAGGCCGCCAAGACCAAGCAGCGCAUCAAGGAGGAGCAGAUGCAGGUCAAGGUGAUUGAGCGCACCCAGGAGAUUGCCGUGCAGGAGCAAGAAAUCCAGCGUCGCGAGCGGGAGCUAGAGGCCACUGUCCGUCGUCCCGCCGAGGCCGAGAAGUUCCGUCUGGAGAAGUUGGCGGAGGCCAACAAGCAACGUGUUGUCAUGGAAGCCGAGGCCGAAGCUGAAUCUAUCAAGAUCCGCGGCGAGGCCGAGGCUUUUGCCAUUUCGGCCAAGGCCAAGGCCGAGGCCGAGCAAAUGGCCCAGAAGGCAGAGGCCUGGCGUGAGUACCGCGAGGCUGCAAUGGUGGAGAUGCUGCUGGACACGUUGCCCAAGGUGGCAGCCGAGGUUGCUGCUCCGCUGUCGCAGGCCAAGAAGAUUACGAUGGUGUCCAGCGGACAGGGCGAGAUUGGUGCCGCCAAGCUGACCGGCGAGAUCUUGCAGAUCGUCAACAAAGUGCCAGAGCUGGUCAAGAACAUUACCGGCGUGGACAUUGCUCGGUCUGUGCAUGCUGGCUAAAAAAAGAACCAAAAACGAACAAGAAAAUCCAAAACAAACACAAUUAUAUACUCUCCAAAACAAAAGAAAAACAAAAUGCAAAAACAAACGCAAUCUUGAACGAUCGAAUACUUCAAAACAAUUGAAAUCGAACGCAUUUAACAUUUGUUUACAUAUUUAAUAUCCUUUAUAUAUUUAUGAAUCUUUGUGCUAACCAAACAAAUUUUGCAACAUGUUUUACAAACACACACACAAACAGAGAGAGAGAGGAGCAAAGAUAUUUUGUAUUCAAUGUAUAUGUAUUUAUAUAAGCGUAUUGCACAAAGCGUGGAAUAAAGAUUCUUCCUUGAAUCAGUG